AUGCUCUGGGCGCGCUGGCCAAGGCAGGUCGCAAGCAAGGGGCUGCCUCUCCUGGGGGUGGUGUUGCUGCAAAAAAGAGAGAAGAUGGAGCCUCAAUGGAGCCACUGCCGGCGGGAAACCCACCCCUACUAUGACCUCCAGGUGAAGGUGCUGAGGGCCAGGAAUAUCCAGGGCAAAGACCUGCUGUCCAAAGCCGACUGCUACGUGCAGCUGUGGCUGCCCACGGCAUCUCCCGCCCGCGCCCAGACAAAGGUGAUAGACAACUGCAGUGACCCCGAGUGGAACGAGACCUUCCACUACCAGAUCCAUGGCGCCGUGAAGAAUGUCCUGGAGCUCACCCUCUAUGACAAGGACGUCCUGGGCAGCAAUGAACUCUCCCUGCUGCUGUUUGACCUGAAGAGCCUCAAGCCCGGCCAACCCCACAAGCACACCUUCCGCCUCAACCAACAGGAUUCACAAGAGCUGGAGGUGGAGUUUGUUCUGGAGAACAGUCAGGUACCUGCAUCCGAAGUCAUCACCAAUGGAGUCCUGGUGGCUGAGCCCUGUCUGAAAAUCCAAGGCACCCUUGGAAAUGAUGAGACAGCUCCACAGCAAAAGUAUGGCUCGAGGCAGAUCCGCCUGGCAGUGCCCGGGGCCUACGAGAAGCCACAGCUCUUGCCCCUGCAGCCUCCUGUGGAGGCUCAGCCCCCAGACACCUUUGCCUUCCAUGUGAACCCAGUGCUCCGCUCCAGGUUGCAGGUGGAGGUGGGGGAGAAGCUCACGGUCCUGCAGAGCGACCCGAGUGCUGAGCUGGAGGCUCAGACCGACAAUCUGGGCGAGGGGGGCCUCCUGCUCUCCUCUCUGGCCCUCGGUCAGGAGAAGCAGCGCUUGGUGGCUGUGGGGAAGGGCCAGGAGGUGCCUCUGAGGGUGAAGGCAGAAAUGAGCUCUGGGGACCUUGACCUGCGCCUUGGCUUUGACCUCUGUGACGGGGAACGAGAGUUUCUGGACAAGAGGAAGCCGAUCAUAUCCAGGGCCCUGCAGCAGGUGCUGGGAUUGAGCCAGGCUCCCGCCAGUGACCAGGUGCCCGUGGUGGCCGUGCUGGGCUCUGGGGGCGGAACCCGCGCCAUGUCCUCCCUGUACGGCAGCCUGGCAGGGCUGCAGGAGCUCAGUCUCCUGGACACUGUGACCUACCUGAGUGGGGUCUCCGGGUCUACCUGGUGCAUCUCCACGCUCUUUAAGGACCCAGCUUGGUCCCACGUGGCCUUGCAGGGCCCCACUGAGCAGGCCCGGGCCCGGGUCUGCAGCAGUAAGAAGGGGGCGGUAUCCACGGAGCGCCUGCAGUACUAUGCUGAGGAACUGAAGAACCUGGAAAGCAGCCACAGCGUCUCCCUCAUUGACCUCUGGGGCCUCCUCAUUGAAUAUUUCCUGCACCAGGAGGAAAACCCCGCCAAGCUGUCCGACCAGCAGGAGGCAGUCAGCCGCAGCCAGAACCCUUAUCCCAUCUACGCCGGGGUCAACGUCCGCACCGAUGUCAGCGGGGACGACUUUGCAGAGUGGUGCGAGUUCACCCCCCACGAGGUCGGCUUCCCCAAAUACGGGGCUUAUGUUCCCACCAAGCUCUGCGGCUCAGAGUUCUUCAUGGGGCGACUGCUGAAGCGCUGGCCGGAGCCCCGGAUCUGCUACCUGCAGGGUAUGUGGGGCAGCGCCUUCGCGGUCAACCUGGAUGAGAUCUUCCAGACGGGGGGCUUCAGCCUCGGCUUCCUGGACUGGCACCGAGGCCAAGUGAAGGUCACAGACGACCACCAGAAGCUCCGAGACCCCACGAGGCUGCGGACGAGGCUCUCCACCCCCCAGGGGCCCUUCGCCCAGGCCGUGCUGGGCAUCUUCACCUCCCGCUUCACCUCCGCGGACAACUCCAACUUCACCCGCGGCCUCUGUCUGCACAGGGACUACGUGGCGAGCAGGGAGUUUGUGGCCUGGAAAGACACACACCCGGACGCCUUCCCCAACCAGCUCACUCCCAUGAAGGACUCCCUGUGCCUGGUGGAUGCGGGCCUUGCCAUCAACUCUCCAUACCCGCUGGUCCUGCAGCCCCAGAGAGCGGUGGACCUCAUUGUGUCUUUUGACUACUCCCUGGACGCCCCUUUUGAGGUCUUACAGGUGACGGAGAAGUACUGCCUGGACCGAGGCAUCCCCUUCCCCAGGAUCGAGGUGCCCGCCGAGGAGCUGGAGAACCCCCGCGAGUGCUACCUGUUUGCCAGGGCCGAGGACCCCCGCGCCCCCCUCGUGCUGCACUUCCCCCUGGUCAACCGGACCUUCCGCACACACCGGGCUCCAGGUGUGGCGCGGCAAACAGCGGAAGAGAAGGCCUUUGGGGACUUUGACAUCAACGGGCCAGACACCCCCUACGGCAUGAUAAACUUCACCUAUGAGCCCGAGCAGUUUGAUCGGCUGGUAGCCCUGAGCCGAUACAACGUCCUGAACAAUGUGGGGACCAUCAAACAGGCCCUCCAGCUGGCUCUGGACCGGCGGCAGGCUGGGGCCCGGGCUGGAGACUGA